AUGUAUAGAAACUCCGCCCAACUCAAUUAUAUACCGAGAAAUGCUCCUCCUUCGCCGGACAGCACCAGCGAUUCCGAGUCCGACAUCCUUGACGCCCUCGAUCGAAAGAGACGGCAGCUUGAUGAGGAAAUUGCAAGGUUCAAGGCGGCCAAAGAUCGGGAAUUUCGGGACUUCGAGAAGGCAUUGCGUAUGAACCGGACAAAGCCUCGGGGAGCCCACAGUAACCACCAAAGCUGCUCCGUGGACAAGAACUCUGCAUCGUCAGCCACCAGUACCGCCGUUCUGACUUUGCUGGCCUCGACGCAACUUGGCGGCCCUUCGAACGGUUCGACGGGAUAUAAAGCCAAAAGAGCAGGAGAUGAUGUUGGGGAUAAAACCGUCAAACCGGCACCGUUGAGUAAAGCCACUCUGUCGAUUGACAAGUUGAACAUCACAGGCGAAACGCUGCCGUCCUCGGGUGAUCUGGCAACGCCUCCUGCGAAUUUGUUACUCUCCAGAACAAAUUCUCGGUCUUCUCCUACCACCUCGAGCAACACGACUCCUCCACGAUCGAAGACCGAAUCGGCACGUCGACCUCCUACUCCGUCGAGUGACAGAACGGAUAGUUUCGCUGGUGUUUUCACCCCGGCCUAUCUUCCGCUGCUCGAGUCCCGUGACCGGCCCCCAUUCGUCUACAGUCCAAAACCCAUGACCACUCAGGAAGAGGAAACGAAACAACUUCGUCAAUUGGACGAGGACACCAAAAAAGAAGCCGAACGACAAAAACCAAUACUAGAAUCUUCACAAUCCCUACCGCCACAGCCCGUCUCCCCCACCAUUAUCGUUGCCAGCAAGAGGGCGAAAUCUACCGGCGAACUAUCUAGUGGCAGCCUACCAAGUGCGCUGAGAUCGUCCAAAAGCGGAGCGAGAAAGGGGAAACAUGUCCACUUCCAACUGGCGGAUUUCACGGUCGUCGAUCCGAGCAGCAGUUACGAGGAGAGUCCAAGCCCCGCGUUGAGUCCAGACAAGGAGGUAGUGAUUGAAGAUGGGACAAACAGUCAUGAUCGGGGCCAUUCUCACAGCAAGGGUGGAACCAUCAGUGCGCGAAGAAAAGGCAGUCCCAAGCAUUUGAAACUACCCGUCGUAAAGGAUAGAAAGCGAGCGCGAGCAGGUCGUUUCCUCUCCCCCAUGCCAUCACCUUUGCCCAGUCCGUCGCCGUCUCCCACCACCGAGGGAAGUUCGAGUUCGCUCCUCGCGUCUCCAGACGAAUCCGGAUUCGCCAAGGGUCUUGACCAGGCUGACGACGGCGGCAGCGGGGUUGGAUUCUUUGAACUAGAUGAGGAACUGGCCAGUCCCGGGUUGCGCGAGAAACCUUUUGAGCUGGAACUCGAGGUUGAUCCGAUCUCCGAAGAUGGAGGCGUGGACGAGAAAGCCGACAGUGAGGCUGGGCUAGGCAGCAGUUUCGGGGCGGGCAGUGUUCCUAUCGAUAUUGUCAGGCCGACUGGGAGCUGGAUCGGCAGUUUUGGACAUUGA